CUUCUUCAUCCUCCUCCCCUCUCCCCAACCCAAACUCUCCACCAUAGCAAAGCCUUAUCAAUUUUCUUCCAUUUCCGGGAAUUUUUUCUACCCAAAAAAAAAAAAAUCAUUUUUCUUAAUUAAAUAAAAAUUCCGAAAAAUCAUUGAAGGCGGGGGUCCGGUUAGGUGCUGAGUUGAGGUAGCUAAGCUAGGAAGAAUGGAAGGAGUAACCAUGAGGACGCUAGCAUUGUCAACGUCUCCUUGGUCGACCUACCUCCUCCAAUAUACUCGCACGCCUGCGCCUGCCCCUCUCCCUCCUUCCCUUUUACGAUUUUCCCAUCCCUCCCCGCGCUGCCGUUUCCCCUCCGUCUCCUCGUCUCCGGUUCGCCCGCUUUCCUCCAUGGCUGCUUCUUCAGCUCAGUCUCAUGCUCAGCAGGCCCCGUCGGCGGGAGAUGCGAACGUUUUCCAGCUGAUUCAAGCUCAUGAGGAGAAGGCUGCCCGGCUUCCACCGAUUGAGGAAAUCCGGACUGUGCUUGAUCGCAGUGUGCGGGGCAUGCUCUCCACUCUUUCUCAUAAACUCGAGGAUUACCCAUCAGGUUCUAUGGUCGAUUUUGCUUGUGAUGCGGAUGGAUCUCCUAUACUAGCAGUCAGCAGCCUUGCCUAUCAUACAAAGGACCUAUUGGGUAACCCCAAGUGCUCGCUCCUUGUUGCCCGAGAUCCUGAAGACAUGACUGAUUUGGUGAUCACUGUGCAUGGUGAUGCUGUAGCUGUAACUGAACAAGAGAAAGAAGCCGCACGUGCUGCAUAUCUUUCAAAGCAUCCAAAUGCAUUCUGGGUUGACUUUGGCGACUUCCAAUUUAUGCGCAUUGAACCGAAAGUUGUGCGGUACGUUUCAGGGGUCGCAACAGCUCUGUUAGGUUCAGGAGAGUUCCUCAAAGAGGAGUACAAGGCUGCAAAAGUGGACCCAAUAGCCCAGUUCUCUAAGCCCGUUUCGUCUCACAUGAACAGAGAUCAUGCUGAAGACACAAAAGCUAUAGUGCGACACUGGACUUCAAUUCCAGUGGAUUCUGCUUACAUGUUGGAUAUUGAUAGCCUGGGUUUCAACGUAAACGCAACUUGUCAGGGAACAUCAGUCAAACUAAGAGUCCCAUUUACCCGCCGUGCUGUAGACAGAAAGGAUGUGAAGACUCUAAUUGUUGAAAUGCUUCAAGCUGCACAGCCUAAAGACAGUUGACCUGUUCGUUGAUGAAAGAGAAAGGAGGUACAUAAUCAUAGUAAUUCUCAUAUUAGUUUUAAUUCGAGAUUCCUAUCAGAAAUUCUCUCGCCUUUUUCAGUUGUUUGAUCCCGCAGAACAUCUAAACUUGUUGGACAUAGAAGAUAUGCUGUACACACUGCUGGCUUAGAAUAGUUGGAAAGACGGUCUAUUUGGAGGUAGUUCCCUCCCCUAUAUGACUUGCCUGAUGGAAAUAUAUGAUGCGGUGAUUCCUAAAGAAUUUUCAGAGAUUGUUGCCUCUACUGCUGAAUAUCCAUAUGUUCGUAAUUUCUCAUGGGAUGCCCGUAAAGUCGUAGCAGUCAAUUGGCCCUAAAUUGUUAACAGUUGUGUGUCCGUGUGGUCUGUGCCACAGUCACCGGUUGUGACUGGUAUGGCUUACAUUGACCGGGUCUAAGCUGAGAGCGCACUGUCCGUCUACCUCCAUUCCAAACAACAUCAUUUCAGGCAUCUUCUCGCGGUUCCAUUUCUACCUUAAACAAUGACAACUUCGAUUUCCAUUUGUUUAUAGAAGGUGUAUUCAUGUUUA